CUUCAGCAGUACUGUUAUGCCAGGCGCGGGCAUAGCCUGCCCACCGAGUCAUCGGGCAUGAUGAGGGGCGGCAGGGCACAGCGAGCCGCUGCAAUAUAAUAAAGCGAUAUACAGGGGCGCACACUGUUCGCUCAGGGGUCAGGCUUUACACUGAUAUGCACCAGUCAGCAUUAGAGGGCAUCACACACUGGGCAGCAGCUGAGUGCUGCCACCGCUCAGGGAUCGAAACGAUCAGCUAAAGGUACACAUACACCAGACAGGGCACGGCGACUGGCAGCAUCACCCGGUGCCACCUGAGAGGACCGGCAGUCAGGACCAGGUUGAACCGUCUGAGCUGGGUAGCACGGCUCCGGCACCUCCGAGGUGUAGGAGGGCUGCAUCUACUACCCCACUUACACACUGACAGCUGAGAGCGAGUACUACACAAAGACAGGAUAGAGGUGGGGGAGAGGAAGCACACUGGCUGGGCAUCGAGAGACUCUGUCACUGCUCCCGGAGGAGGGAUGUUGUGCUUCUGCUGAGCCGCAAACAAGCACCGAACUGCAAACAUGUGGAUCCCUACAGAGCACGAAAAAUACGGUGUCGUGGUUGCCAGCUUUCGAGGGACUGUUCCACAUGGUUUGACCUUAGAGAUUGGGGAAACUGUUCAAAUUCUGGAACGAUGUGAAGGCUGGUACAGAGGAUUUGCCCUGAAAAAUCCAAACACCAAGGGAAUUUUCCCAUCAAGUUAUGUACAUCUCAAGAAUGCCUGCGUGAAGAACAAAGGGCAGUUUGAAAUGGUGAUUCCUACAGAAGAUGCAGUUAUCACAGAGAUGACCUCCACACUGAGAGACUGGGGCAUGAUGUGGAAACAGCUUUAUGUGAAAAAUGAAGGAGAUCUCUUCCACCGCCUGGGGCACGUAAUGAAUGAGAUAUUGGACCUACGCCGGCAAGUUCUUGUGGGACACCUCACUCAUGACAGAAUGAAGGACGUGAAAAGGCACAUCACCGCUCGUCUGGACUGGGGAAAUGAACAACUGGGCCUAGAUUUAGUCCCAAGAAAGGAAUUUGCUAUGGUUGAUCCAGAGGAGAUAAGUGUUACAGAACUGUACAGAUUGAUGGAACACAGACAUCGCAAAAAAGACACACCAGUGCCAGCAAGCAGCCAUCAUCUCUUUGUACAGAUGAAGAGCUUAAUGUGCUCUAACCUGGGAGAAGAACUGGAAGUAAUAUUCUCGCUCUAUGAUAGCAAGGAAAGCCGACCAAUCAGUGAAAGAUUCUUUGUAAGGCUGAAUCGAAAUGGACUGCCAAAAUCUCCAGAGAAAACAGAAAGAUACAGUUCCCUAUUCAUUGAUCUGAGUUCAAGUGACCUUCGAAAAGACAUUUUUAUUACUAUUCACAUUAUCCGAAUAGAAUCACAUGACAAUUGGAGUUCACGUUUCCAGACAUAUGGUCGAAUGGGAGCGGGCGAGAAGAAGAACUCUUCAAAUGUGCAGUAUCGACGACCGUUUGGAUGUGCAGCUCUCAGUAUUGCUGACCUCCUUGCAGGGGAAUCAAAAGAUGACCUCAUCCUAAAAGUGUAUAUGUGCAACACUGAAAGUGACUGGUAUCAAAUCCAUGAAAACAUUAUCAAGAAACUGAAUGCUCGUUAUAACUUAACGGGAUCUAAUACAGGCUUGGCAGUUUCCCUUCAGCUCUUGCAUGGAGACCUUGAACAAAUAAGAAGAGAUUACUCCUCUGUGUUUACCCGUGGGGUCUCGAUAACAAGAAAACUUGGUUUCUCAGAUGUUAUUAUGCCUGGUGAAAUGAGGAAUGACCUUUAUAUCACAAUAGAAAGGGGAGAGUUUGAAAAAGGCGGGAAAAGUGUGGCUAGAAAUGUUCAAGUCACAAUGGUCAUUGUCAACAACGAGGGCCAAAUCCUGAAGGAUUAUAUCUCAUUUGGUUCAGGAGAACCAACAGCUAAUGAGUAUCAUUCCUUUGUCUUAUAUCACAAUAACAGUCCCAGAUGGACUGAGCUGCUAAAGCUUCCUAUUCCAGUGGAUAAAUUUAGAGGAGCACAUAUACGUUUUGAGUUUCGGCAUUGUUCCACAAAAGAGAAGGGUGAGAAGAAGCUAUUUGGCUUUUCUUUUGUGCCCCUAAUGCAAGAAGAUGGGAGAACAUUUCCAGAUGGAACCCAUGAACUCGUUGUACAUAAGUGUGAAGAAAAUACCGUAUUCCAGGAUUGUUGUCGUUACCUCAAACUCCCAUUUUUGAAAGGAAAUCAACAUGGAAAUAAUAAUCAAGCUAUUAAAAAUACGAAAGAGUCUUUCUGGAUAACCUCAUUUCUUUGUUCUACGAAGCUAACACAAAAUGGUGAUAUGCUAGAUCUUCUAAAGUGGCGAAUGCACCCAGAAAAAAUCCCUGGUAGUCUCUCCAAGCUAAAAGAGAUUGAUGGAUCGGAAAUUGUCAAGUUCCUGCAGGACACACUGGAUACGUUGUUUGGAAUUUUGGAUGAAGGCUCUCAAAAGUAUGCUUCCAAAGUUUUUGAUUGUCUGGUCCAUAUAAUUAAUUUACUGCAGGACAGUAAAUUCCAACAUUUCAAACCAGUAAUGGAUACUUAUAUAGAAGCACAUUUUGCUGGUGCUCUUGCUUACAGGGACCUCAUAAAAGUUCUGAAAUGGUAUGUUGACCGAAUAAUUGAAGCUGAGCGGCAAGAGCAUCUCCAGGAGGUACUAAAGGCCCAGGAAUAUAUAUUUAAAUACAUUGUGCAGUCACGUAAGCUGUAUUCUCUCGCCACUGGGGGACAGAAUGAGGAAGAGUUCCGGUGCUGUAUUCAAGAACUUCUAAUGUCAAUCCGAUUCUUUCUGUCCCAGAAGAGCAAAGGGACUAGUGCAUUAUCUCAGUCGCAGGCUGUAUUCCUGAAUUCUUUCCCAGCUGUUUAUUCGGAAUUGCUGAAGCUCUUUAAUGUUCGUGAAGUGGCAAAUUUCGUACAUGAUACUUUGGGCAGUCUGCCAAAGAUCAUGCAUCUAGAUGACUCCAUUCAAGAGAUAAAACUUCAGUGCAUUGCAAAGACAGUGGAGAGCGAACUCUACAGUACACCUGAAUCACGGUUCAUUCUCCUGCCUGUUGUCCUGCACCAUCUCCACAUGCAUUUGCAGGAGCAGAAAGAUCUCGUAAUGUGUGCGCGUAUCCUUAGCAACAUGUUUUGCCUAAGCAAGAAAAACAGCUCAGAGAAGUCUGCCAUGAAGGAAGUUGAUGUGAUUGUGAACACCCUGCUAGAUGUACUGCUACGCACAAUAUUAGAAAUUACAAGCAGACCUCAGGCAUCAGGCACUGCAAUGCGACUCCAGUUUCAGGACGUAACUGGUGAAUUUGUUGCUUCCCUGCUAUCUCUAUUGAGGCAAAUGACAGACCGACAUUACCAGCAACUUCUGGACAGUUUCAGCACAAAGGAUGAACUCAGAGAUUUUUUGCUGCAGAUCUUUACAGUGUUUCGAAUUCUUAUAAGGCCGGAGAUGUUCCCUAAAGAUUGGACUGUGAUGCGCUUUGUUGCCAACAAUGUCAUCAUAACAACAGUUCUAUAUCUUUCGGAUGCCCUUCGGAAGAAUUUCUUAAACGAGAACUUUGAUUACAAGAUCUGGGAUUCCUACUUCUACCUUGCAGUGAUUUUUAUUAAUCAGUCAUGUCUGCAGUUAGAAAUAUUUACACCAUCCAAGAUGAAAAAAGUGCUGGAGAAAUAUGGAGACAUGCGUGUUACGAUGGGAUGUGAAAUCUUUAGCAUGUGGCAGAAUCUGGGAGAACAUAAGCUACAUUUUAUCCCAGCCUUGAUUGGUCCAUUUUUGGAAGUCACAUUGAUACCCCAACCAGAUUUACGUAACGUAAUGAUUCCUAUUUUCCAUGAUAUGAUGGAUUGGGAACAGCGACGGAGUGGAAACUUUAAACAGGUGGAAGCAAAGCUAAUUGACAAAUUGGAUAGCCUUAUGUCUGAAGGAAAAGGUGACGAAACAUACCGGGAGCUCUUCAACAGCAUAAUUCCUCUGUUUGGUCCCUACCCUAGCUUAUUAAAAAAAAUUGAGCGGGAAACAUGGAGAGAGAGUGGUGUGUCAUUGAUUGCUACUGUCACCCGGCUCAUGGAGAGGCUGCUGGACUACAGAGACUGUAUGAAAAUGGGGGAGGUUGAUGGGAAAAAGAUUGGCUGCACCGUGAGCCUGUUGAACUUUUAUAAAACUGAACUGAAUAAAGAAGAAAUGUAUAUCCGUUAUAUACACAAACUAUAUGAUCUGCACAUGAAAGCACAGAAUUUUACGGAGGCUGCCUACACUCUUCUCCUUUAUGAUGAGUUAUUAGAAUGGUCUGAUCGUCCAUUGAGAGAGUUUCUCAACUAUCCAAUGCAAACGGAAUGGCAAAGAAAAGAAUACCUUCAUAUGACCAUCAUACAGAACUUCGACAGGGGAAAAUGUUGGGAAAAUGGAAUAAUACUGUGCAGGAAGCUUGCUGAGCAGUAUGAAAAUUACUACGACUACAGAAAUCUCAGCAAGAUGAGGAUGAUGGAAGCAUCUCUAUACGAUAAAAUUAUGGAUCAACAACGCCUGGAGCCUGAAUUUUUUAGGGUUGGUUUUUAUGGGAAAAAAUUUCCAUUUUUCUUGAGGAACAAGGAAUUUGUUUGCCGAGGACAUGACUACGAGCGGCUGGAGGCUUUCCAGCAGCGCAUGCUAACUGAAUUUCCACAUGCGAUUGCAAUGCAGCAUGCCAACCAGCCAGAUGAAACAAUAUUUCAGGCAGAAGCACAAUAUUUGCAGAUCUAUGCGGUGACUCCAAUUCCAGAGAGCCAAGAGGUGUUGCAGAGAGAUGGCAUCCCUGACAAUAUAAAAAGCUUUUACAAAGUCAAUCAUAUCUGGAGAUUCAGAUAUGAUAGACCUUUCCACAAAGGAACCAAGGAUAAAGAAAAUGAAUUCAAGAGUCUCUGGGUAGAGAGGACCGCGCUGACCCUUGUACAAAGCUUGCCUGGUAUUUCUCGUUGGUUUGAAGUUGAAAAACGGGAAGUGGUGGAAAUGAGCCCCCUAGAAAAUGCUAUUGAAGUGUUGGAAAAUAAGAACCAGCAGCUGCGAACUCUUAUUAGUCAGUGUCAGACUCGACAGAUGCAGAACAUAAACCCCUUGACAAUGUGUCUGAAUGGAGUUAUUGAUGCUGCAGUCAAUGGUGGUGUUUCUAGGUAUCAAGAGGCAUUCUUUGUGAAAGAGUAUAUCUUGCAGCACCCCGAGGAUGGAGACAAGAUUGCACGUUUGAGAGAACUGAUGCUUGAGCAGGCCCAGAUUUUAGAAUUUGGUUUAGCUGUGCAUGAGAAAUAUGUACCCCAAGAUAUGCGACCUUUGCACAAGAAGAUGGUGGACCAAUUCUUUGUAAUGAAGUCAAGUUUGGGAAUCCAGGAUUUCUCCGCUUGUGUACCACCUAGUCCUGUUAAUUUUCCAAAUGGAAGCCCUCGGGUACCUAGAAAUUCUGCACCUGCUAUUAUGGGUCCAGAUGCUGCCAGGGUUGUACCUAGAAGAAGUCCAUUGAGUUACCCAGCUGUCAACAGAUACUCUUCUUCAUCACUUUCUUCUCAAGCAUCUGCAGAAGUUAGCAACUUGACAGGGCAGUCAGAAAGUUCUGAUGAAGUAUUUCACAUGCAGCCAAGUCCUUCUACCUCAAGUCUGAGUUCCACACAUUCCGCCUCACCUAACGUGACCAGCUCGGCUCCAUCAAGUGCCAGAGCUUCCCCACUGCUAUCUGACAAACACAAGAAUUCCAGAGAAAAUCCUUGCCUUUCCCCCAGAGAGAGACCCUGCAGUGCCAUAUUUCCAAUUCCGGCUGAACCUCCCCAGAGAGGGAUGUUCAACCACAUUGGAGAGAACACUUUGCCAAGGAGUGAUCCAAAUCUUUCUGCUCCUGAAAAGGCAGUGAACUCAACCCCCAGCAGUUGGAGCUUGGACAGUGGGAAAGAAGCUAAAAAUAUGUCAGAAAGUGGACGGCACAUGACCCCUCCUGUGCCACCAAGGCCCACACAGGGUGCUUCUCCAGCCAGGAAUAUAGCUGCCGUGUCCCCAUCUAUAAUGGGAAGAUCCCCGAUGAAGGGUUCAAUGCAGUCAUUCACCCCAUCUCCGGUAGACUGCCAUCCAUCCAUUUCAAAUUCACCAGUUUUGUCAGGAAGUUGCAGUAGCGGAAUCUCUUCGCUUAGCCGCUGCAGUAUUUCAGAAAUGUCAGGUUUCGAGACUCAGUUCUUUGACCAAUCGGUUCCUGGUUAUGGUAUACCAGAAGAGCCAACAAGAAAGGAAAACAAGACCCCACCCCCUUACAGUGUGUAUGAAAGGACCUUAAGACGCCCUGUUCCCAUACCUCAAUGCCUUUCGAUUCCUGCCCCUAUCGACCCACCAGCUUUACCACCCAAACCGGGCCCAGUUCGUCCAACAACCCUGGAGAAUGGCAAAAGGACCGAACCCCUUCAACGCCCUAGACCUUUCCCAAGGAAAGUUUCACAGUUGUAACAAAAUUUGCAUAUUUUUUUAUUUUAAUGCCAUGAAUGAACAAUAUCAUUCAUCAUAUGAUAUUUAACAAAUUACCCUUUGGGGUCCUUUGAUGAAUAAAAAAACUGCAGAAGGGGUAGAUACACUUAAUGAAAGUGUGGGCACUUUAAUUGUUUACUCUUUGAUUCCCUAUUUAAGGAAGUGAAGUGUAUUUUUUGUAUUAUUGUUUUGCACAUUAUUUUAGGAAUAUAAAUUCAGGAUUAACUUGACAUGAGGCACUUUUGAUCAAGUAAAGGAAAAUAAGAAGCACAUUUAUUCUCCCAAUAUGUGCUAUUUUUGAACAAGCUCUUCAAGGUUCUGUGGAUUUUAAUAUUUCUUUGUUUUAUAUAGAUAUAUACAUCAAAUGUUUAUUUCCAAAAUUAGAAUUUACAUUUUUUUUCUUUAUUUAAAAUACGUGACAGGCAGUUUUUAAGUGUAAAGCAGAGCUUACUGAAGAGUUUACUUAACCAGUCACCAGUUCCAAAUUUGUUAUGCAUGCUAACCCCAAACUUAGACUAUGGCACAAUUGUUAAUUUGGAGUAACUUUUCUGAAAUAGUAUUUUUCCUAUAAUAUUUUCCUAUUUUGAUAGGAAUGUUUAGAUGUGCAUGUGUAAUGUAUAUAGUCCACUGCUCAAUUUGCUGUAUUUGGUGCAUUUUGUAUAUUCAGAGACCAGUUUGUUGUAUAAACUUUGAGGGUUUGUAUCCCA